AUGGCAAACACAAGUACCUUAUCUCUGCGAAGCAUUCUCGAGAAAGAGAAUAUCCUCCUCGGUUCCAACUACCUAGAUUGGUAUAGGAAACUUAAAAUCGUCUUAAGACAUGAGAGAAAAAUUUAUGUGCUUAAAGACGAACCACUGAAAGAGCCUACACCCGAUGCUUCAGAGGAAGAUCAGUCAUAUUAUUCACAGUAUAUGGAAGAUGCACUGGAUGUGCAAUGCAUUAUACUGUCUUCUAUGUCUCCCGAGUUGCAGAGACAACAUGAGAACAUGAGUGCUAGGGAGAUUGAUCAGCACUUACGUAAGCUCUUCCAAGAGAGUGCGAGAGUAGAGAGAUGGAAGUGGUCAGGCUCCUAUGUUGAGACAAUAAAGUCUAGGAUCGCUGAAUUACCUCCUGCAAAAAUAAUUGUUGAUUUAAGUCCAUCGGACCUAGAGACACACCUGCUCUCAAACGAUUCCCUAGAAGAUCUUGUGGAGCAUAUUGAUCAACAAAUUGCAGAGGAGUUUUUACAAUUAGCUUGGGAGGGUAAUUGUGAACAAAUUCCUGAGCAAUUUACUGAAGAGGCAGCGGAUGCUCAGGAAAUUCCCCACCAUGUUCCUGCACAGACAUCCGAAGCUCUGGAAAAGACUGGACAAGUCCCUGAGCCAUUUACUGCAGAAUUUGUUAAGGAGAAAGAGGCUUGGAGGAGGUAG